GCUGCUCAGUCCUGAUCGGGAUGAGUUGUUGUUAGGUGCCAACUAAUUACUUUGUGGUAGAUCUACUUUCUUUCGUCUUAGCUGGACCAACGAUGCCUCCUAACACAGCUGCGAACCAUGGCCUUCCAGUUCAGCUAAGCACUCCAGGCGCAAGUUCAAUCAAGCCAAUGCCUUCUGGAGUACAAGGCAAUCGUGAAGAAUGGUUACCACUGCCCCCAGCCAGACUCCUUCAGCUAAUGAAAUCACUGGCUAUGGUGUAUGUGGUGGCUUACCUCAUCACACAGCGACACCAGUGGAAGACCAUGAUCAGAGACAAGAGCAAGUGCGACUGCAUACUGAAUGGGUACACAGUUGGUAGAGAAGAAGGACAACACAACCAGUUGGACUGCACACCCAGGCAAUUUGACAGCCAAACAGCUAAGACAUGUUUGCGCAAUUCAAAAGUUCUUUUUAUUGGUGAUUCUCGGAUCCGGGCACUCCAGGAAAGAUUGAUAGUGUUGCUUGACCCGAAUCCAAAACGAGAGCUCAGCAAGCGAGCUGCUAAACCCAGAAAAGACCCGCGCCAUCGGAACAAGACGACGAUUAUCGCGGAUGCUAAUGUACAUGUGCUCCUUAUUUGGGACACAUAUAUUGGCAAGUCAUGGCUGGCCAUGCUAAGGUACUUGAAAUCGAAUCCAUUGGAUGGCGCGGACUUAAUUGUGGCUGGGGCAGCAUUGUGGACGAUACGAAGGGACCCAUCAUUGGAGGGACUGGACCAUUACAAAGUCUACACGAAAUCUGUGCUUCGCCUGGCGUCAUCACUGGUACGCGAAUCAGAUACCAACUUGGUGUGGGUACGGCAAGCGAAUGUCAACGAAUCAGUGCCUGGGCCAAGAAGGAGUAACAUGACCAACGCACGUGUCCGAAUGUUCAAUGCCGCUGUUGAUAGUGUGUGGCCGCGCUUCAGAACUCCCGGCAUGUUUAUGUUCGACCCUGGUCAUGUCCCAUUGCUCCGAGAUGGUGUGCAUUUCACUGAAGAUGCUACUGAUGAGACCGUCCAAGCCAUCCUGAAUGUCCACUGUAACUCACAACUACCGGUAACUGACAGGAAGACCUGUUGCCAAGGGUUACUUCACUCAAUUACUGCUCCACAGGUUGUGCUACUGGUUAUAUUUGUAUGCAGUAUCGUCAUACUGUUCUGGGGAGUCUGUUGCAGGCACCGAUGUUCACGUUCUCUAUUCCGGUCGCUGAGCCAGACUUCUAUCCGUGAUACAGGUAACACAGGUUUAAAGCGCAAUACUUCAUCACCCGUUGUGAUGAUCUGUCAGUGCAUCACAUUGCUUGGAAUAGUGCUUCUCUACACCUACUUAGCUGACAGGACACCAGUAUUCACGAAAGAGGAGAAACAUUUCAACUGGACAUCAUUUGCCGUUCCAUUGGCAAUUUUGGGAAUUCUUGGCUUUGUGACAUAUCAACCAGUCAAAGAUGCUUCUGUUCUAAAUCGUCAGCAAACCUGUGAAACACGAGGAUGGAUGCAGCUAGUAUUGCUGGUGUAUCAUUACACAGGUGGUAGCAAGAUCCUUGGUUUAUACUAUGUGGCUCGACUGAUUGUGGCAAUGUACAUCUUCCUAAGCGCCUUUGGACAUUACACGUAUGGUUUGAAGCGUGGAGCAAGCAGUUGGUCUCGUGUAGCUGAGGUCCUGUUCCGUCUAAAUCUCUACACCGUUCUACUGUGCUUGACUAUGGAUGUACCGUAUCUUCACUACUAUUUUGUACCACUGAUCUCAGCAUGUUACUUACUAGUACUACUGGUUGCUGCCAUACCUCCAGUUGCAUGGGAUCAGAACAAGUCACCAUGGAUGCAGGUGCUCAAGGCAAUCUGCUUCACUUUAGUUGUCGCCUUGUAUCGAGUACAACCUGAUAUGUUCAACUGGAUAAUAUCCUUCCCACCGCUCUCCCAACUCUUCCUGGAUGAUGACAUUUCCCUUCACGAGUGGACAUUUCGUUUUGGACUAGACGUCCUGGCUGUGCCAUCGGGUAUCCUGUGUGCCGUAAUGCUACAUCGAUUCCCACAAAUCAAUGGGUGGAUAUGUUCAAGGAGUAUUGGUAACAACUUGAUGACCAUACUUUCAGCUGUGACAUUGGUAGUGUACUGUGGAAUGAUGGCAACAAACUGUACUAGUAAACCAGAGUGUAAUCUUGUACAUACCUACCUAUCACCAAUCAUGCUGGGAGGAUUUGUUCUGGUGCGUAACACGUGGGAACCACUACGCAAGCAUUACAGUCAGUUCUUUGACUGGGUGGGAAUCUACUCUUUGGAGCUUUUCAUCGCCCAGUAUCACGUCCUGCUGGCUAAUGAUACACGUAGUCUACUUGUCCUGGUUGAGGGUAAUCCAAUUCUCAACAUCUGCAUCGUCACAACCAUCUUUGUACUGGUAUCACACACUGUAGCUGAGUGUACACAAAUGGUGGUCAACGUCAUGAAGGGCCUCGCAACUGAGAAUGAUUAGCUUUUUUUAAAUUACUAUGAUAUUGGUCAACUUCAUGACGUUGUAUAGUAUUGCGCCAGAGAGUGAUGUGUCACAGAGCGGUUGAUAUUCCAUACUUACCCUGAACAGCACCACACCGACCCUGACCAGUACGUUAUGACUUUCUUACCACCAGGUUCCACCAGGUUCUUAGCUCAAGCGGUGGAUAGAAAAUAACCAUUUGCUCCUUGACGAAUUUGAAAUCUCACAGUGAAACUCUCAGCCCUAUUGUUUGAGAUUAGUGCAUGCAAUCUACACAGGUAUAGAAGGACAAACUCAGCCUACAACUGAUCAUAUUGCUUGAUUACAAUUCUUCUUUGCGGGUCGCAAAUAUUUUUUUUUACCUAUGCUUCCCUGGCCAUUUCCAAACAAUUUCCCAUAAUAAUAAUAGUGAGGUUUUGCAUUCCGAAUUUCGGUACAGCGUUCUUCGGUCAUUUGUCGAACAUCAAAAUGUCGAAUUUUCGCACCAACGUUUGUUUUGCAAGUCGAAAAUGAUGUGUUUUCAUUUCGUGAGCCCCAGCAUCAGCAACGUCCUGUCCCGUGCUCCUUUUCUUGCUGAUUCCAACGAACUUUGGUCGCCCAAAGAGUCGAGGGCCAAACCUGCCUCCUCAGUCGCCUCAGAAACACCAACUGGCAACUCCAUGGCCAAGUCAAAUUUUAUGCGUGUCGCCAUAGUCUUUUCAGCCACACAGAUGACGGACCAUUGACGGUGAGGACACUCCAGGCGAAAGAGAGUCGACAGGCAGUGGAGAGGAGCAAUCAGAGGUAGCUGACGAUAAAGACGCCUGCCAAGCGAGGCCGAGAUAAGAAACCUCUUUGAAUAAAUCACGCGCUAGCGCUCUUCUACAAGAAAAUGCAUCCGAAAAAUAUUUUCGGCAAAGUGAGCUUUUUCCGAACAAACACGCCGAAUCUUCGUGUGCAUUUUCGCUCUCGCUCCCGCGUGCCGAAUCUUUUUGCCGAAUUUCGGAAUGCAAAACCUCUCUAUUAUGAUAGUUUUCAACCCUACACUCUCUCCAUAUCGCCAAAGCAAUAGUGCACUCUGUUAAUUGACUAUUAGAACCUAAUUUUUACUACUGAAUGCCGCUAAAUGCAUUAAAGAGAGCAACCGACUGGAGAUCACAGCACCUAAAUUAGUUUCACGGUAUUCUGAGUGCUUGCGCAUUCAGUAUGAACCGCAAAGUUCUGUCAUCUGUGUGGUAUCUAGUAUUGCUAUGCACUCUUACUACUCUAAGCAUCCAUUCAUGAUGCGCACAUUUGCCAUGAAACUCAGGGUUGCAACGAAGGACUCCUGAAGCUUC